UCCAAAGCCGCCUCAAAAGAUCAAGCUUCACACGACUGUGACGCACCGCACCGGAUCUUCGGUCGUGUCCACGUCAACUUCAAGGGUCCAGGUCCGCUGUGGCGUCGACGAGGCUACACGCAGUACUGUGAAACUGUCCACAAGCGCCCGCGCAUGCCGCGAGACCCUGGAGACGGCAACGCCAGGGACCCCGACCGACGUCGCGGGUGUUAUCCCCUGUGCCUGGGCCUUUGGCUGGCUGACUGUGCCGUGGGAAUGUCAAAAGACUUUGCGCUGAGCCACACUCGUGCCCCUGGAAAACUCGCCGUGUGCCAACUUUGCUCGUCUCGAAAGCCCUUAAAGUCUAGCUUCGGCCUCUUCGCUGACUCGGAACUGAACAUGCUGCCGACGAGCGAGGCAUGUCCAUGCCGGCCAGCUGGCAGGUGGGAACUCGUCAACCUCGAAGGCUUGGGUCUCCCAGCUUCGUCUCGCGGACGUGGCUGA